GAUGGAUACUUUUCCAGCGUUUUUCAAUUUGGGAACCCAUCAAUAACCAAUAAAAAUAUCGUUAUAGCGACAUGCGUGAAGUUCCCGAUAACCAGGAAGCUUUCGUAUCCGACUCCACACGAACGAGCAUCCUCAUCGAGAUAAACGAGAGGCUGAACCUCUCCCAACUCCAACAAGGAGAUCCUCAACAAGCUGCCGCAACCAGCAGCACCACCGGCGCCGGCCCCGCAACAACUCCAUUCAGCUUCUCCCUGCCAAACACGACCAAGGACGACGCCAUAGCACAGGAUCUACAUGCUGCAGCCUUCCAUCUCCACGAGAUCUGUGAAAUCAGCGGAGACAGCUAUAAAAUCAUCGAUAACCCCCAACUCAUCCAGCUACCGAAGCUACCACAAGUGCCGGCCUAUCUAGCAAAGGCAUUAAUUACGUCGAGUGCUAGGGAUGUAGAUGCGGCCGUGGCGACGUCCACUUGCCGUUUACUCCUAAUCCGUUUAAUGGAGAAGAGUACGGAUAUCAUAGCGUAUAUCGUAGUGCCACAUUCCGAGUUUGAUGAUGCAGGGGACCCACGCGCGGCGGCGCGCGAGGAGGCAUUUGCGGAAGAGGUAAUGGCGAAUGUGGUGGAGUCGUUUGAGAUUAGGGAUUAUGGACUCUUUUGCUAG